CCACAAUUGGUUUGAAGAUCAAGACAGAAAUAGUUUUAUAAUACAAUAUAUAUACACACACAUAUAUACAUAUAUAAAGCAAAAGCAAGCUAGGAGCAACAAUGGCUGCCUACAGUAGUUAUGCAUACAGAGGAAAACCGCAUGAAGACGAAUGGAACGACAGCACAAUCUACUGUGAGGAUGGUGUCUGCCGUACGGUCAUUGUGGAUCCCGACGGUCGGAAAACAACUGCCAUCGGCUGCUCUCCCUUCCACGAAGACGUGGACAGCUAUGUCGUACAUUCCGAAACGAUAGAGCAUGUCUACAAUCCUCGCGUCAACGAGUACCGACACAGCUCUCCAAGGAAGAACGUGGAGUAUGGAGGACAUGAAAAAUGGCGCCGACCUUCCAGCCCAGAUCGCCCAAAGGAGCUCGACGAUUUCUUCAACGGAAUCCAGAUCGAAGCUAGCCGACCCCACCAUAAGAACAACAACCCCAAGCUCGCCGGCGGUGCCGCCACAAAUUGGCGCCCAAACACCCACCCUCACUCAAAUGGCUAUGGCGGUGGCUACAACAACAAGCCAACUGCUGGAAGCUAUCCAAUUCGGAACGAAAAGUUCGACGACUACUACCGCAAGAAAAGUCCGACCCGAGAUUGGGAGCGACCAGUCAACCAUGGGACGCGGCCUGUUAAUAUUUCAUCUCCAGUGGGUGGUCGCGAUGCCAGAUUGGGUGUACCAACAAAUAGCAUUGAGGAAGCCAUUGAUUACCUGAAGGGAGAGAACGCAAGGAUUUCAUCUGUGCCUGGUAUUAAUCAUGGUGGUGGUGGUGGUGGUGGUAACCAGGGGCAUUUCGUCAGGCAGUACGUGCAGCCGCCGAGAGUAUACGAGGCGGAAGAUAUUCCUCCAAGACAUCAAUAUCCAGCAUCGUCGACAUGGCCACGCACUACAUCACCACCAACUCAUGGACGUGCAUAUCCUCCUGGAGUCAUUGACAGUCACGAAGCGGCAAGAAGGUUUGGAGGGAAGAUUGUUCGAAUCUAAAAACAGUCUAUCAAACGACAUGUCGUGGGCUUUCAAGCUCCGGUUGCGAGAACCCGAUAAUCCCACUGCCUGGUGACGGUUAUUUGGAUUUUCAUUAUUAUUUGGGCUUUUAUUAUAUUAUUGUUAAUAUCUAUGGGCUUUCCAGUUUUAUGUUUAAUUAAGGGGUGCUAAAUAUUAUUCACCAAAAAAAAAAAAGUGUAAUGUUCAAAAAAAAAAAAAAAAAAGAAGGACGGUGUAAUAGUUUGGUUUGCUUGGUAUUAUAAUAUUAAUUAGUGAUAUUGAAAUAAACCCUGUACCAAGCCUGCGACUAUAUAUAUAAAGUUUUUUUUCUUUUUUUCUUAAAA